AUGUCAUCCGACGCUCCCCCACCGCUCGGCGAACGGAUCUCUGGAUUGUUCGAGCCAGCGCAGUUGAUGACCUGGGCCAUGUCCCACUACUUCCGCGUCUGCGCUGAAGCAGUCUUUCAGAAAGGACAGGUCCUCGCGCCUCUCUUGCAGACCCGUCGACUCCGCGAUGAAGCGUUUGGGCGCUUUUGGGUUGAGUUUAGCUCAUCCCCGCAACGCACAACCGCCAACGACGAACCCGUAGGCUCCUCAGCUCUAAUCCCACCACUCCUCAAAACCGCCUCGGGCGUGGUACUAGAUAUCGGCCCCGGCACCGGCACGCAGAUGCCCCUGCUGCGCUCACCUGCCAUCAAAGCAAUCUAUGGUGCAGAACCAUGCUCUGGACUACACGCCGAGCUGCGCAAGAAGGCCGCGUCGGAGGGUCUGGCGGAUAAGUACACGAUCCUCCCCUGCGGCGUCGCAGCCAAGGAACUUGUUCCUGCCUUGAGGGAUGCUGGCGUCGACGUUGAUUCAGGACAAAUCUUCGACACGAUCCUCUGCGUGCGAGUCCUCUGCUCCGUUCCCGAAAUGGAACGCACCGCGCGCGAGCUCUAUUAUCUUCUCAAACCUGGUGGUCGACUGCUGAUUACGGAGCAUGUGGUGAAUCCCUGGCGCACGGCCAAGGGGUCGCUUGCUGGGCGUCUCGCGCAGGCGAUUUAUCAGUGUCUCGGGUGGAGUUGGUAUAUCGGGGAUUGUCAUUUAGAUCGCAAUACGGAGAAGGCGCUGCGUAUCGCGGCGGACGGGGAUGGUGGCUGGGAGAGUGUGCAGCUGGAUAAGUGCUUUGAGUGGUCUGCUAUGCCAUAUCUUUCGGGCACUUUGGUUAAGAAGAGUUGGUAG